AAUCGUUAUAUCGGUCCAUUUAUAAUUGCAACGAACACCCCAACGGCGUAAGCAACCAUGGCGGCUCGAUCUGCCGCUAAGCGCAACGCUGUGCGAAGAUUUCAGAAUCCUAAAUUACACUUCGGUUUUGCUUUGAUCGUUGCCGAGUCCAUACUUGUUGCGCUUAUCAUCGCCUAUGUUCCAUAUACAAAGAUAGAUUGGGAUGCUUAUAUGUCUCAGGUGAGUGGUUUUCUCGGAGGAGAGAGGGAUUACGAGAACCUGAAAGGUGACACUGGGCCUCUAGUAUACCCAGCUGGCUUUCUCUACCUUUAUUCUGCCAUACAAUAUGUUACAGGAGGCCAGGUCUUUCUUGCUCAGAUUCUGUUUGGCCUUCUCUAUAUUCUAAAUCAUGGAAUUACCUUGGUCAUCUAUCUGAAGACUGAUGUGGUUCCCUGGUGGGCUUUGUCACUGCUUUCUCUGUCCAAAAGGGUUCACUCCAUCUUUGUGCUUCGCUUGUUCAAUGAUUGUUUAGCCACAACUAUCCUACACGGUGCACUGCUCUUGCUUCUUUAUCAGAAGUGGCAUCUAGGUCUAAUAAUCUUCAGUGCAGCCGUUUCAGUGAAAAUGAAUGUGCUUCUUUAUGCUCCACCUUUAUUGCUCCUCAUGAUGAAGGCAAUGCCUAUUGAUGGAGUGAUAUCUGCCUUAGCUGGGGCAGCGCUGGUGCAGAUUCUCUUAGGGCUGCCUUUUAUCUUACAACAUCCGGUUUCGUACAUAUCAAGAGCUUUCAAUCUUGGUCGUGUAUUCAUCCACUUUUGGUCUGUUAACUUCAAAUUUGUUCCUGAGCAGCUAUUUGUUUCGAAGCCAUUUGCUCUCUCUUUGUUGGCUGCUCACCUGACUCUGCUUAUUGUUUUUGCUCACUAUAGAUGGUGCAGACAUGAAGGAGGACUUUUCGCUUUCUUGCAGUCUAGGAUUGUUCAACUGAAGCAUAGAAUAGUAACUUUAUUUUCCUUAUCUCGUAAACCACUCUCCAGUCAGAACUUAACCCACAAACGUCUUCAACCCGAUCAUAUUGUGAGUACAAUGUUUGUUGGGAAUUUUAUCGGCAUCAUAUGUGCUCGCUCCCUUCAUUAUCAGUUUUACUCUUGGUACUUUUACAGCAUACCAUAUCUAUUGUGGAAAACACCAUUCCCUACAUUUGUCCGUCUAGUGCUGUUCUUGGUAGUGGAGUUGUGCUGGAAUGUCUACCCUUCCAACGUAUAUUCCUCCGUCGUCCUCCUCUCUGCGCAUUUAGCCAUUCUGGGAGGCCUAUGGGCUGCUUCACCAGAAUAUCCGUAUGCAGAUCAGACAAGCGAUAAAUCAUCAACGUCAAAGAAGAGCAGAUGAUCAAAUUUUGAACGGCUCAGAUCACUUUCUGGAUUAGCAUUUCACAUCUAACUUAUCCCCUGCCUGAAACUCAGUUUCCCACCCCUUCCCCCCUCGUGUGACAUAGAUGGCAGUAAAGCCAAAGACGAAAUUUUCCAUAAUCUUCCAGUGCACAGUAGAGUGAAGUUCGACAUUUGCUGGUUGACAGUUGACAUUAUCAUUCUUUUAAAAGAGAAAGUUGUCACAUUUUAAAAUU